CCCCUGGGUUAUCUCUCACUAUUAUCCUAGGAUUGAGAACCGACUAAAGUGUAGCUGACCUCUUAUUCUGUAAGGAAAAACAAUUUCAACCUACAGACAUCAAUGGAAUUCGCAAGUGAGAAAAAACAAGAGUUGCUCUCGAAGAUUGCCAGGAGUGACAGGCACGGUGAGCAUUCUCUGUACUUCGACGGGUGGAAGGCGUAUGACAAGAACCCCUUUCACCCGACUCAGAAUCCUGAUGGAGUCAUCCAGAUGGGUCUUGCCGAGAAUCAGCUUUGCUUCGAUCUGAUAGAAGAGUGGAUAAAGAACAAUCCUACAGCAUCCAUUUGCACUUCCGAAGGGGUUGGCAAGUUCAAGGACGUUGCCAAUUUCCAGGACUAUCACGGUCUCCUGGAAUUCAGACAAGCUGUCGCCAAGUUCAUGGGAAUGGUCCGACGUGGUAAGGCGGCAUUUGACCCGGAUCGUAUUGUCAUGAGUGGUGGCGCGACCGGAGCGAGCGAGACGCUCAUGUUCUGCUUAGCUGAUCCUGGAGACGCUUUCCUCGUUCCUUCCCCAUAUUAUCCAGCUUUCAAUAGGGACAUAAGAUGGCGCACCGGCGUACAGAUAAUUCCGGUUGAAUGCCACAGCUCCAACAACUUCCAUGUAACCCUGGCACAGAUGGAAUCAGCAUACACCAAGGCCAUAGAGGCCAACAUCAACGUAAAAGGAGUGAUCUUAACGAACCCAUCAAACCCACUCGGAAUCACUUUGAGCAGAGAAACGCUCACCAGCCUAUUGAGCUUCACUUCCAGAAACAACCUCCACAUGGUGUGCGACGAAAUAUACUCGGCCUCGGUCUUCAAUUCCCCAGCCUUCACGAGCAUCUCGGAAGUCAUGCAAGAGACCGAAUGCAAUCCCGAUCUUGUCCACAUUAUCUACAGUUUGUCCAAGGACAUGGGGCUUCCCGGCCUUCGCGUCGGCAUAAUCUAUUCCUACAAUGACCAAGUGGUCAAUUGCGCAAGGAAAAUGUCCAGUUUUGGGUUGGUCUCUUCGCAGUCUCAGCAUUUGCUUGCUUCCAUGCUCUCUGACGAGGUCUUUAUAGAGAAAUUUCUAGAACAAAGCUCAAGGAGAUUGGCCAAGAGGCACAGUCGCUUCGUCAAAGGACUGGAGCAAGACCGUAUACAUUGCUUGGAAGGGAACGCUGGUCUUUUCCUGUGGAUGGAUUUGCGUCACCUCAUGAAAGAAUCAACGUUUGACGCCGAGAUGAAGCUGUGGAGGGUGAUCCUAGAGGAUGUGAAGCUCAACGUGUCGCCUGGGUCCUCUUUCCAUUGCCCGGAGCCCGGGUUUUUCAGGGUUUGCUUUGCGAAUAUGGAUGAUCACACUGUGGAAGUGGCGCUUAAGAGGAUCAGAGAGUUUGUGUCCAAGGGCAAUGAAAAUGGUGAUGAUAAGAAAUUGUUGCAGAAGAAACAUCGGCAAAACCUGAAUCUCAGGCUGAGUUUUACGUCCAGGAAAUGUGAUGAGGGCUUGAUGUCUCCUCACCAGAGAAUGUCCCCUCACUCGCCAGUGCCUCACUCACCACUGGUUCGAGCGAGGACUUGAAUGGCCAUAUCGGCUUCGUUCAUUCUGUUAUUUAGUGGAGUAUUCUUAAUGACUCCGUAGAAUAAGUUCUUCCCAAAUUAUUAGGAUUGAGUUGUGACCAACAGUUUCUUUUUCCCAUUUGCUUGGAUGCUGUGUCAGCUUUUUCGUGGAACCUUAAAACGUUCCAUUCCUAGAAACACAUUUGUCUGUCUGCUUGUCAUAGUCCCAUGGGCUAGGAAAGAUUGUUUGAUGUAUUAUGAUCUCGUCAAUGAAGUAAUGUGCUCUAUUUCAAA